AUGGAGGAGCAUGUUAUCAUUCCAAAAAAGAAGUUGCACAUUUGGAAAAUUUUUAGCGACCCGGGACCGGAAGGAGAUAAGAUUUUAAAAACGGCGAAACUGGCACAUGCCAAAAACGAAAAGGAAGGAUUCGUCGUCACCAUUGCGGACCAGACUUAUUACUUCUUCCGAGAUGAUGGCGGUGGGGUGAAAAUUACCCGGGUUCCGGAAUUAUGUGGCGUCCGAGUGAAAGAAUUUAUUAUGGGAUCAAUUAGCCUGGCUUUAACGGAGGAUGGGCGACUCUACUCAUGGCUCUGCCCAGAUGCAGUUUCUCAGAAAUCUUCCAUUAUUCACCCGGUAGCUGUAUCGGGCAGUCUGACCGGAAAGAAAGUCGUGCAAGUGGCGUCAUCAGAUGGGUGUGUCCUGGCAUUAACUUCGGAUGGCGAUGUUCACCACUGGCUUUGGCAACCCGAACCAACCUUGAUUGCAGGAGAGAAAUUUGAUAACAAGAAGGUUAUCUCCGUGGCGGGCAAUGGUUAUCUGAAGGUCGUCUUAACUGUGGAUGGGGAGCUUUUCGAAUGGAAAUGGUUCGGAAGUUCGCCACAAAAAUCGGCUCUAAGUACCUCCUCACCAGUUAUGAAGAUAGCGGCAAGCAAAAGUACCAUUUUCGCAUUGACUGUUGAUGGCAUGAUGCACUCAUGGACCUUUUCUGCAAGCUCAUUCACGGCGAAGUGGGAUCCAGUGUGGUUGCCGUCUUCAAACUACAAAAACGUCAAAAACAUCGCAACCUGUGGGACGGAGGAUGUUAGCGUCUGUUUUGGUUGUUAUGUGGGAACGGCUCCCUUGAGUGCGCAAUUCUUUACAAAGUCUGCUUCGUUAGACGAAUCUUUCGCCCAAAUAUGUCAGACCAGCUAUCGAACUAUUUGGGUCGCCCGUGAACCUGAACGUGAACCACGAAAAGUGGGUGAUGACAUUGCCAACUUGUAG